AUGCACAAGCAAAUUUUCAUUUCGUUCGUCUUACUUGCCGCAGUUUUCGCCGAAGAAACCAAAACCGAAACCUCCGAAAACAAGGGAGAAACCUUGCAAAAUGCCGAAACUUAUCCGACCCCCGUUUACGCAUCAAAUUACGGACACGGUUUCGGAGAUUUCGGUUAUAUGAAGAAAGGUUACGGAGAAUUCGGUUACGCAGGUUAUGGCGAUUUAGGAAGAUACAGAGAUCGCGGUUACGGAGCUUACGGAGGUCAUCUUUUUGGUGGUUAUAGAGAUUACGAUCGUUACGGAGGUCACGGAGGUGCUCUCGAUCGAUACAGGGACGUCGACGCUUACGCUCGUAACAAGGGAGUCGGUUACGAACGAGCUUACGCUUACGAUAAAAAAGCCGGAUAUAGAAAUCACGCAGGAGAUAAGGCUGCUUAUGCCGAUCAUUACGGUCGUCACGGACGAUUGGGAGAAUUAGGUGCCAGCAGUUACGGUGCUGCGGGUUUUGAUCGCCAUUUAGCAAGAGAUAAAUUUGGAGAUUACGGUUACGGAGGCUACGGUCGUGCUGUCGGUGAUUACGGACGUUACGGACACGGAGGACACACUGCUAUGUAUUUUAAUGCACCCGGUAACAUAGAUAAUAAAACUGUAGUGUCAUUAUCUGCCUGUUCUCUUCUAUUAGUGAAAGAAAGUUUAAACAUUAUUUAUUCAUCAUAUCUAUGUAGCCUACAUAUAUUAUGCAUAAACUUUCUAUAA